UUCAAGUCCUUCAAGUUCAGCGAUAAAAAACGAUUAUUCUGACAAUGGAAAUCCUAAUGAGUUCACUACUAAAGAAUUAGACAUGGAAAGAGUAUGCCCGGCACUUAUUCAAUAUGUCACUGGAGUUGCUAAAGAACAAAUGGAGGAGGCUGAAUGGAUAGUCGA